AUGUUAGAAUCGACUAAAGUUAAAGCUGCUCCUUCCUCAGAUAUAGACUGUCCAGAGACCACUGCGUCCUUUUUUUCUAAAAUGACAUUCAGCUGGCUCAAUGGUAUUCUGAUGCUGGGGUGGAAGCGACCUUUAGUACCCGCUGAUAUCUAUAAACUUCCAAGUCAUGUACAGGCAGCUAAUCUUUCAGAUACCUUUGAGCAGGCAUGGAAAGAAGAGUUGAAUGGCUUGGCCGACACUCCUAAAAAAAUGCAACCCUCAUUACGUCGAGCAAUCACACGAGUUGUUGUUUGGGAUUUGCUUCCGCUUACCUUGCUUCGCAUAGCUGGCGAUGUAUGCGCCAUGACCUCUCCGUUUAUGCUCAAGUUGAUUAUCGGGUUUGUUACCGACUCUAAAAUCGCCAUUGCAAAAAAUACCGAAAUGCCCCCAUUGAGUCAUGGGUUUGGUUAUGCAAUUGCUCUUUUCGUCCUCCAAUUCACAUCUACACUGUUGCAAAAUCAGUUUCUCUAUGGUGGUAUCCAAAUGGGCAUCAAGGUGCGUGUUGCUCUAUCUACCAUGAUCUACCGUAAAUCUCUGCGUCUUUCUGCUGCUUCUAGGCAAGACUUUAAUGCCGGAAAAGUCACAAACUUGAUCUCGACGGAUAUGUCUCGUUUUGAGAUUUUUUUUGCCCUGCUUUCUACAUUGUGGACUGCUGCCAUCCAGGUUGUCGUGAUUGCUAUUCUUUUGGUAUGGCAGAUUGGUCCAGCCGCUUUUGCCGGUGUUGGAAUCAUUGCACUCUUUAUACCUCUACAGCUGGUUAUUAUGCGUAUGCUUACCAAGAUUCGAUCUAAAUCGGUCCUGUUGACUGAUUCCCGCGUCAAGCUUACUCAAGAGAUAUUUCAGGGCAUCCGCGUUCUCAAGUUUUUUACUUGGGAAAUCCCCUUUAUUGAGCAGAUCGAAUCCAUCCGUAAAAAGGAAAUUGUGUUGGUGUUCAAGAAAUGUGUUGCCACUGCAUUCAUCAUGACAUUCUCCAUUGCCGUGCCGGGAAUGGCAGCUUCCAUCGCGUUCAUUAUUUACAGUCUGAACAAUAUUUUAGAACCUGGUCCAAUCUUUUCAUCUCUAGCAUGGUUUAAUCAACUUCCGAUGCCACUAUGGUUUUUACCACAGGUUGUUGUUGGAUAUGCCGAGGUAUCUAUAGCACUUAAGCGCAUGCAAGCGCUACUUCUUGCUCCUGAGCUGGAAGCCCAGCCAGACAUUGAUCCUAAUGCAGAAUUCGCCAUUGAGAUAAAAGAUGGCGAGUUCUUGUGGGAUUCUCUUCCACAAGCUGUCGUGCCUGUUGAAGAUCAAACAAGUCCAAAGAUAUUUGAAAUCAGAAAUAAAAGCAAAACCAAUCAGAAUGAGGCUACUCAAGUGGACACUAUAGCAAAUCUAGAUUCUUCAAACAAACAAACUGACGCUUUACUCAACAAAAGUAUACCUUGUUCCACACUUCGAAAUAUCAACAUACAAAUACCACGUGGAAAACUCGUGGCAGUGGUUGGUCCAGUUGGUUCUGGAAAGUCGAGUCUUCUCAAUGCAUUUGUAGGUGAAAUGAAACAACUUUCUGGAACCAUACAAUUUUCUGCACGUCUGGGCUACGCUUCACAACAAGCAUGGAUACAAAAUGCCAAUAUCAAGGACAAUAUUCUGUUUGGACAACCAUACGAUGAGAAACGAUACAUUGAUACAGUUCGUGCAUGCUCUCUUGAACGAGAUCUCAAAAUCCUUCCAGAUGGCGACCGUACUCAAAUUGGUGAACGUGGCAUCAAUCUGUCUGGCGGACAAAAACAGCGUGUCAAUUUGGCUCGCAUGGUAUACUUUAAUUCUGAUAUUGUGCUGUUGGAUGAUCCUUUAUCAGCUGUAGAUGCGCAUGUUGGACGUGAUCUGUUUGAGAAUUGCAUUCAAGGGGCUUUGAGCGAAAAAACUCGUAUUUUGGUUACCCAUCAGCUCCAUUUUCUGCCCAAAGUAGAUUAUAUCAUUGUUAUGAGCAACGGUGAGAUUAAGGAGCAGGGCACAUAUUCCAAAUUGAUGGAAAAUGAUGGCGAGUUUUCGUUGUUGAUGAAGAAUUAUGGCGGUGUGGACGAUGUUGAGGACCAUAGCAUUCCCAAUGACGCGACUGAUGGUGUUCAAAGUAUUAGUGAGUCUGAAAAACCAGCUAUUGAUUCGGACUGUGAAUCAAACAUCAAUGACACUGACGACAAAGAUGCGAGACAGUUGAUGCAAUCAGAAGAUCGAGCCACGGGUACAGUUGAUGGCAAAGUAUGGAUGACCUAUUUUCGUUCUGCUGGUGGAAUCCCAUUUAUCAUAGGGCUAGUAUGCACAGUUGUAUUAGCUCAAGGAGCUAUAACAGGAAGUGACGUAUGGCUUGUUUUCUGGACCAAUCAGUCUAUACAUGCAUACACACAGCAGCAGUAUGUGACUAUUUAUGGCAUUCUGGCCAUCCUGGCAGCUUUACUUGGAUUUGUGUACAGUGCUUACUUGACAUAUUUUGGAACUCGUGCAGCACAACGAUUGCAUGAAGCUGCUACUCGGCGCAUUGUUCGUGCGCCAACACUCUUUUUUGAUACCACACCAUUAGGCCGAAUCAUCAAUCGGUUUUCCAAAGAUCAAGAUGGAAUCGACAAUACUUUGAUCGAGUCAUUUCGUGUUUUUUUGCAAACUUUUCUGGCCAUUCUAUCUGUGUUUGCAAUGAUCAUGUAUGCAACACCCAUGUUUGCCAUUGUGUUUGUUCCUGUGAUAUGCAUGUACUAUCUUAUCCAAUUGGUGUAUCGGUCAUCUUCGCGUGAAUUGAAACGCUUGGAUGCAUUGGCACGAUCACCCAUGUAUGCUCAAAUUGGCGAAACGCUGAAUGGAAUUGCUACGAUCCGUGCAUACCGCGAGCAGGAUAGAUUUAUCAAGCGCAACUAUUUUCUUUUUGACCAAAACACUGCUCCGUAUUAUCUUAUGAUGUCGGCAGGUCGAUGGAUGUCGGUUAGAUUUGAGUUUUUUGGUGCACUGUUGGUUUUUUCGGCAGCUUCUUUUGGAUUGAUUUCUCGCGCCAACCCAUCUUUCACCCCAGCUCUGUUGGGUCUGUCCUUGUCUUACUCUCUACAAGUAACCAAUACUCUUAAUCGUUGUAUUAGACAGUUUACUGAUACGGAAAUCAACAUGAAUGCUGUUGAGCGUGUUAAUCACUAUGCCAACGAAGUAGAAGUUGAGGCUGCAGAAAUUACGGAUGUGCGACCUCCACCAACGUGGCCGGCAGUGGGAACAGUUGAAUUUCGAAAUCUAUCGAUGAAGUAUGCACCCGAUCUCCCACUUGUUCUUAAAAAUGUGUCAUUCUGUAUUGGCGACAAGGAAAAAAUUGGUGUUGUGGGUCGAACUGGAUCGGGCAAAUCAUCGCUUGUUCAAGCACUUUUCCGUAUGGUUGAAGCUACCAGUGGAUCUAUCGUUGUUGACGGUAUAAGUAUUCAAGAGAUUGGAUUGAAAGACCUCCGAUCCAAUAUUGGAAUUAUUCCACAAGAUCCAGUUCUUUUUUCCGGCACAUUCCGCCGCAAUCUGGAUCCCUUUGGCCAAUUCACAGACUCUAACUUGUGGGAUGCUCUUGAGCGAGCCAACAUAAAAUAUAAAGUGUCUGAAACAGAGGGUAAUUUGGAUGGCCAUGUUCAAGAAAAUGGAGAUAAUCUAUCAGUCGGACAACGCCAGCUUAUAUGUCUUGCUCGUGCGAUGCUCAAACGACCUCGUAUUCUGAUCAUGGAUGAAGCCACUGCAAAUGUGGAUUACGAAACUGAUGUUGUGAUUCAAAAAUGCUUGAGAGAGGAUUUUGUUGAUUCGACUGUACUGACCAUUGCACAUCGACUUAACACUAUUAUGGACUAUGAUCGUGUAUUGGUGAUGAAUGCAGGCGAGAUUGCCGAGUUGGAUACACCCAAAGCAUUGAUGGCCAAUGAACAAAGCGUGUUUCGUUCUAUGGUGAACGAGACUGGACAGCAAAAUGUGGAAAUGUUUUUAAAAAUGUUGAAUCUCGAAUAAAUACUUAUUGGAUUAAAGU